AUGAAAGGCAAAGUCGUCAUCGUCACGGGGGCCAGCAGCGGAAUAGGAUAUCACACAGCAAAAAAGCUGGCGCUGCGAGGAGCUCGAACGAUACUCGCAUGUCGGAGUGCACAGCGUGGCCGUUCUGCUCAGGAAUCUCUAAUCGCUGCGACCGGAAAUCAGCAAGUCAUAUUCAAACAAGUAGACUUAUGUGAUCUUGCUUCGAUAAGAAGAUUUGCAAGUGAUGUUCUAAAAACAGAAGACCGUCUCGACGUCCUCGUGAAUAAUGCGGGAGCGUGCUCCUUUGCCGAUAGGUAUACCACGGAUGGACUUCUUGAAGGCAUGCAAGUAAACCACUAUGGACCAUUUCUACUGACCAUGCUAUUACUGCCGCUGUUGAAGACGUCGCGACCGAGUAGGAUCGUCAAUGUCAGCUCUCUGAUAUACUUAUUUGGAGAUGUGGAUUUAGAUACAAUUAAUAAAGCUAAAUGUAAUAGAGUAGUUGUGUAUGCUAAUAGCAAGCUCUGUAGUCUGGUGACACACCAAGAGCUCGCGCAGCGUCUCGACAAAUCUGGAGUAGUAGUGAAUUCUGUACAUCCUGGAAUCAUUCUGACGAAUAUUUUGAGCGAAGGCAACUUCCUUUUCAGAAUGUUCUUCAAAGUAUUGUGCUGGUUUAACAGGAGAACAGCUGAAGAUGGCUCGCAGACGGUGGUGCACGUGUCAAUUGCCACAGAGUGCGCGAGCGUUACGGGCAAACUGUUUGUGGACUGCCGAGAGCGGUAUUUGUUGUCAAGAAUAAAUAAUACAGUAGCUGCUGAUCUUUGGCACGUGACUGAACGGUUCGUGGGAUAUAAAGGAUAG